CGUUAAAUGCACAAGCGGCAUAACCAUCUCGUCGCGACAAAUGACAGCUCGCCGCCACUCUAUUGAGAUACCACCGGAGCUCUCUUCGAGGGCGCCGUCCGUACCAUCGCCCUCUACUGAUGUGACGACCUCUCAGGCCUAUGCACCUUUCGAUCACCAAAUUGCUGGCCACGCUGGACAAAUUUUCGGCCUUGCUGGCGGCCUGCUAGCCAAAGUAUGUCCUCAGAAGGAAGUGGACUUUUACAAAGCUGUUUUUGCUAGCGAUAGGGAAGAUCUGGUGGAGUUCAGAAAAAGCGUUCCUCAGUUUGCAGGAUCUGGGGAUUUGGCCGCAGAUGCCAGUUUGAAUGGCGAGGCUGUAGGCAACCCGACAGUUCAUCUUGAAAACCUGUUAGCGCCCUAUACUCACCCUUCUGUCGCCGAUAUCAAAAUUGGAACAAGACUGUACGGAGACGAAGCAGAUGAGGCCAAAAAGGCUCGGAUGGAGGAACAAGCUAGGACUACGACGAGUGGGAAGACUGGAUUGAGAAUAUGUGGAAUGAAGGUGUAUGAUCCAUACACAUCCAACUAUUUAACGCACGACAGGAAAUACGGUCGCUCUCUGAGUGCAGAGGAGAUUCAUUUGGGGAUUCGGACGUUCUUCACGAUACCGUCAAGCGCAACCCUAGUUCCCACUGCGACCCUGACUGCUCUCAGGGAGAAGCUUACCAUUUUAUUGCAUCGUUUGGAAACAGCUCGGGUCAGAUUGUAUGGGGCAUCUAUCCUCUUGAUUUACGAGGGCAGUGAUGUUGAUGCGCGCAUCAUUGACUUUGCUCAUUCGCAUGUCGAAAGUGAACAAGCUGGACCGGACGAAGGGGCUGUAUUUGGCGUCCGCAAUCUGCUGCAAAGCAUUGAAAAAUUGUUGCAAAUGGAAUGAAGACUACCAAGUACACAAGGAAGUUUUAGAUAGAGGGUGUAUAAGAAGCAUGGCCCAUCGACUGUAGCUAGUGUGUACAAAUUAUGUAUGUAUGACGAGCCAUCUUGCAAGCGAAAGGGAAUGGGAGAGAACACAUAUGCUAGAUCUGCCACAGCCCAGACUCUGCUGAAUAUAUAUCUUGGAAAUCAUUUCCCUUUGAACCAUCGCUCUGCAUCGGAAAUCGGUAAAUCGUUGAUACUUGAUCGCCG